AUGUCCACCGACGCCUGGACGAGCGCGCGUCGCGCGUGCGAGACGCUCGCGCUCGAGCUCGAGCGCGAGGGCGCGUCGGCGAGCGCGAGCGCGAGCGCGCGCGCGCGGGCGACGGCGGUGCGACGACGCAAGGUGAAUCGCCUGGAUGAUUUAUUGGACAUUUUGGAAGAUCGCGUCGACGAGGGCGACGCGACGGCGAGCGAGGUGGUGACGCGGGAGGCGGAGGUGCGAGCGCUGCGGUUGCGCGCGCGCGCGGUGCGCGAGACGAUGGCGCGCGCGGCGACGGGGGGGGGCGACGACGCGGCGACGGGCGCGGCGACGGAUGGGGCGCGGGCGACGGCGGCGGCGAUCGGUCGAGGGGUGAGCGAGGCCGCGGGCGCGGUCGUGGACGCGGCUGGAGCGUUGGCGACGCGGGCGACGAAGGCGGCGGAGGGGGUGGCGGGAUUGGAGAGGGCGGUGACGAUGGCGACGGCGGCGUCGACGCGGGACGCGCGAGAGACGCGCGCGAUGAAUACGCGGGAGUUGAUCGAUCAUCAAACGGAGCAGAUGAAGACGCAGGAUGAGGCGUUGGAGGGAUUGGACGCGUUGGUCGGUACGCUCAAGACGACGAGCGUGGCGAUUCACGAUGAGGUGGAGUUGCAGCGAAAACUCGUCGAAGAUUUAGAGGCUGAUUUCGCGCACACGUCGGAUCGCAUGCGCAAACUUCGUAAGCAAGGUUUCAAGUUGGCGGGCGAACGUAACGAGGAGGAGCGGGAGCGUCUCGAUAGGAACGAAGCCUUGGCGGAGAUGCGCGCGAAGCUCGAAAAGCCCGCGCAGGAUGAAAGUUCGUGCUCGAUCAUGUAA